GUCGUCGUCGUCGUUCCCCUCCCUUUCCCCAUCGCUAUUCCGGAUGGCUUUCAUGGCAUCCCCACCCACCCUUCUCUGUGUUCUCUUCUCUUACUUUUCCUUCUCUGCAGCUUAUGAUAACCAACAACGAGGUCACCCACCACAACCCGUGACGAAGCGGAGCACUGGCUAUUACGACCCGUCAACUAAUGGAGGAAGCUGGCUCACAGUUGUAGCAAAUACCUAUCCGGAAGGCUUAGGAGAACCUAUAAAUGCCGUUAUACUGGGCACCUCAGACUCGCGAGUUCUCAAGGAUCAGCAGACAGAUGGUGGCUUGCGAAACUACUUCCUCUCGUUCGAUAUGGCCGGCGAGUGUUUAGGUCAACACUCAGGAAGUGACCAGGGUGCAAACCUCGGAGAUGGCAAUGGCGUCCUGAACGAAACGGCAGUCAUUCGUUAUGAUUACGGGGACGCCUCUAUUGGAACAUGUCAGGAAACCGUCGAGGGUGGAAACCACUUCCGGUAUUGGGUUCAAAAUGGAGGCGAUGCUGACAGUGGUGCGAUUUUCAUGGCGGUCUCGUAUGAGAAGCCAGUGUCAGAGGAGCACGAUAUCAUAUUCAAUGGAUAUAACCUUGCUCGUGACUGGCUAGUCGGCAAUGCAACCGCACAAUCAUCCAUUAUACCCACACUGAACCUCACCAACCAGUCAUCUUACUCCGGUCAAUCGUCGUACGGUGGCUACGUCUACUACACCCAAGUCAACUACGUCUCGGGUCUAGUACCAAAUACCUCGGAUGGGAUCAACCAUUAUCUGACUGUGGGAGGAGACGGGGUCAACGCAGCAGAUGGGCUGGUGGCGAUGUGGACUGUGUCAGUUUUGGAGGCACCGGCUGGAUCGAGUUCAUCAGCACCCCGGACAUUAUCCUGGCUACCCACGCCAACGACUAUGCUUAUUGGCGUACUAGUCGCCGGCCUUUCCUUGCCUCUCGUGUCCUCCUUAGAUUUGUUAUGACCAAUCCAUAUAUAGACGUUCGCGACUGGACUGCUGAGGGUUUACGCACUGCGCGGCGGAGGCAUACUGCAUGCACGCGACCUUAGACGGACAGUGAAGUACACUAUUGAUACAUCUCGGCUAGGCCCUUCCACCCACAUGGUCGUAUUUCGACCCAUCCAUACACCCUUGCGUCCACCUGCAAUCACCCCCCUUUCGGGCAUCGAUCAUCCACAACUCCCCUCUCGUCCUCUCCUCUCAUCAAUAUUUACCACCGACCACGUACGAACCAACACCCUCUCCAUUUCUCGUUCAACACAUUAUACUCCUCAUCACUAUCUACUGCAGCACGCAACGAAUCGAGGAAUCGGACCUUUUCUCUUACAUAGUUCACUUCAUCGCUCCAUCGCUCUCCGCUCUUCACCACUUUCUUUUGUUAGUUCCUUUAUUCACUUUAUUCCAAGUACCUCUUCUCUACUGACACGCACUCCACUUCUGUUUUUCUUUAUAUUUCCUUCAUUUGUACCUACUUCUCGUUCGGCAGCCGGUCGUUGCUGUAGCGGUCGACGCACUAGUCGUAUCCACGCACUUUCAGGUACCUACCCGUUCUCUUCAUGCUACCUACAUUCGAACCCCCCGACACUAAUAAUGACUGCCUUUGUCUUCUGCUCUA